AUGGAUAGAUUCGCCUCUAGCUCAGGCGAUGCCAGCGAUGCCGCGAAUAACUCGCGUUUCACUUCGCAGGCUGCCACGGCAGAAGACCUCCUCAAGGCGCAAACCGUUGGUCUUGUGAACCUGAAUGAUUACCGCAAGCGACGCGCCGAGGCCUUGGACAGAAAAGAACGAGGUGAUACAGGGCUUGACUCUGGUGCCAGUACACCGAUAGAUGGGGCAUCGACACCAAAGCCGGUCUUCAAGAAAAAGCGCAAGAUAGCCACCAAGGGCAAACUGUCGUUUGGCGCAGAGGAAGAGGAUGACACCGACUCUACUGUGUCUAAAACGGCCAGUCCGCGCCAAAGCACCCCCACCGAUGCGACGGGUGUGAAAUCCGAAGCAGAAAGCAGUGUGGUGGUGAAGAAGAAGCUGGGCGCAAACUCAAACAUUGGACUAAAGCCUCGCGUCAUGACGAAGACAGCUCUCCAGCGCGAGGCACAGCAGGCAGAGCUUGCACGGCGGGAUUUUGUUAUAAUGCGCGAUGCGGUUAAGGCCACCGAAGUGGUGAUUCCAUUUGUCUUCUACGACGGCACCAACAUACCAGGCGGGCGAUGCAGGCUGAAGAAGGGGGAGCAGAUCUGGCUGUUCUUGGACAAGGCGAGGAAGGUGGGAGCAGAGCUGGGCGUGGGUGGAGACAAGAGCCGGAGGGACUGGGCCAGAGUCAGUGUAGACGACCUGAUGCUGGUAAGGGGAGAGGUCAUUAUACCACACCAUUACGAAAUCUACCACUUCCUGUUCAACCGGGUUGCCGGCCUUGACGGACCCCUCUUUGACUACUCGGCACAGCCCACCAAGGCCACUCCCAGAGCGACGACGGAGGCCGACGAAGAGGCCGACGUCGAUCCGGCCACGUAUGACCCACUGAUGCAGUCUGGCAAGAAGAAGAGCAAAGAGUCGAGCAUAGCAGACGAGGAGCUCGAGGGGUUUGGGGAUGAUGCGACGCUGACCAAGGUGGUUGAUAGACGGUGGUACGAGCGCAAUAAACACAUCUUUCCUGCGAGCGCGUGGACAGAGUAUGCGCCGGAUAAGGACCUGUCCAAGAUGCAGCGCAAGGAUGCACAGGGGAACGCCUUCUUCUUCUCGUGA